ACGAAUUAGCGCCAUUGCAGUGUGCAAGAGCGUCCUGAAACUGUAAGAAGCUGUGUGUAACUGUAAGACCCUUACAAGUGAAAUAUUUGUAAAUUCUUGAUUUUCGACACUUUGAAACCUGCUACCCACAGUAAAAGAGCGGAUCACAUGCGAAAACCUCAUUAAUGGCCCUUGAUAGUGUGUUUGCCAUAGCCCCACUUUUGGUCGGGGAGAGAAACAAAGACACACUGAAUGAAGGAGAAAUUGAAAGGUCGAGUACCCUACCAACACAUUCAACUUUGUGCUUUAUAUCUUCGAAGUGAGGAGAUCAAAGUUAAUGGAAUCUCUGAACCCCAAGAGGAUGUAGAUUUAGAAGAAGGUGAAAUUCUUGAUGACUCUGAAGAAGAGGUAACACCUGUUGGAGAUGUCAAAGAACAAAAUGAAGUGAAAGAAAGUCCAGCACUAGAACAAAAGCAGGAACUAGAACAGUCAGAACCUUUAGAUGUAGAUCUUGGAGAUGACAGCCUAAAGAAGAAAAAGAAAAAAAGAAAGAAGAAGAAAAAAAUAGUCAAUGAUAUUGAACCAAUCCAUUUAGAAGUCGCAAAAGAAGGAAAACUUAAGAAACAAAAGAAAAAGCACACAAAGUAUGUGGACCAUGAUAGAAUUGUUGAAGAAGAAUCAUGGUUUACAAGAAGCCCUUCCCCAGGCUACAGCCCUACUUACUAUAAGUCACAUCGAGAUUAUCAUCAUGAAUAUGAUGAUGAUUAUCCUAGUGCAUAUGGAUCACCAGGACCAUAUGACAGCCCAUAUGACAGUCCUGAUUACCUGAGGUCCCCUUAUAAUUCUACAAGCCCUUUCAGUGAUUGCUCAUACAAUGAAGAUUCAGAUGAUCUUGAUGAAAGAGCUCCUAGGUCUCAUCAUCAUUCAGGCCAUAGUCAACGUAAAGGUCCAAGUAGGCAUUACGUCUCUGAAAGAGGAGGUAGGAAAAGGAAAACAAAGGGCAGUCGGGGUGGACCAGAGAACAAAAAGGCCAAAAAAGGAAAGAAAAAAAUAAAGAACAAAAGAGAAAAUCGAAAGCAAAUGUGCAAGUUUUAUUUGGAAGGAAAUUGUUUCAGGGGAGACGAUUGCCCAUACCUUCAUGACCACACCUUAUCAAAGAAAAAAGAACUCUGCAAGUUUUAUAUACAUGGGUUUUGUGCCAGAGGAGAGAAUUGUUUGUUCAUGCACAGUGAAUUUCCAUGCAAGUUUUUUCACACGGGUGCCAAGUGCUAUGCAGAAAACAACUGUAUUUUCUCCCAUGCUGAGUUAACAGCUGAGACCAGGAAAAUCCUAGAUAAAUAUUUAGAGAGUGAAAAAAUGGAAGACGAUGAUAAAGAUGGAGCAGGUGGUGAUGCCUCAAGAUUAAAAGGAUCUGAAAGAGGUCACUCCCCCUCAAAGAAGCGGCCAAGUCUCCUGGGAUCACCACCUCGUCAUGUUAAAGAACAGGCAGAGAGUUGGAGACAAGAGGUUCAGCAGCAACAGCUUCAACGCAGGCUAAAGAAUCAAAUGCGUCAACAGCAACGGCAACAAUUUUCAUAUAAUGGUGGCAUUUUGAGUCCACCUCAAAACUCUUAUGAUAGGCUCAACUUCUACUCAGAUACAUUACAGUCUCAGAAAAAAUUGGGUCAUGGGCUUCAAGCUCCACCAGGUAUAGUUUCACUUGGAAGUUCUUCGGGGCUGUUGAAACCCCCAUCCAGUAUGUCACCAAAUCGGGAAUCAGAAGAAACUGGUGAGUUCAAUUCCUCUAGUUUCCAGUCGAGAACUUCUUCCAAUCGUUGGUCACAGGUUGAAGACCAGAAAUACUCCUUUCAUGACCAGUCAGAAAGAGGAUCAAAAGGUUCUCAUUUUAACCACGAUCAUAUUUCACAACAAGGACAUGAUUCUGAAAGAAGUUUAUCUAGAUAUGUUAAUGAUACGUCGAAACUAAAAGAACAAGAAGAAAGUAAAGAAGAAAUAAUGCAAGGCAGCCCUUUACACAGUGUAGAAGAAGAAAGCUGUGGGCUUCCACUCUCUGCAUCUCCUCCAUCAGACACCAAUAGUUCGCAAGGAGCCAACAAUGUGAUCUCUAUCCCUAGCCAUCUACCUCGGCGACAGAAACAACUCUUUUUACGUAUUCAGCAGCAGCAGAAAGAAGUGGGAGAAAGCAGCACAGAAGGCCUAGAAGAGCAAGAUUUAAAGCCAGAAGAAGAAUAUACAGAAGAGAAAGAGCAGGAAGACAGUGUUAAUAAGGAAAAAGGUAAAAAUGUCGAGUGGGAUAGUAGUGAAGAUGAUGAUGAUACAGAGGACCAACCAUUAACUGCAGUCCUGAAAAAAUUACAACAAAUGCCUCCACCACCAAAACCCCAGAUUCAAGUGAAGGAAACACCAGCAACAAGCCAACCUACUCUUAACAUAGCUGAAAUGUUGAGUGCAAUCAAGCAGCAGACAAAUAUCAGUUCUUCACCAGCAGUAGCUCAAGCUUUCAGCCAGCAGCCAGAGUUUUGGAAAAAUAUCCUUGCCGGUACAGCUCCUGUUCCAGUUGUGAAGUCUGUUUCAAAUGCAUCUUCUGAUCCUGUAGUGACUACUGUGGAAAACAGUGAACAAAGAAUAGGUGGGACUAAUAGCAAAGACCCAAGAGUUAAGGAAGUGCAAGAACUAGUCCCUUCUCGAGAUCCACGAGUAGGACAGUCACAUCGAGACCCACGCCUGCAAUCCCGUGAUUCAAGAAUGGGUAGCAGCACCUCAACACGUGACCCUCGCUUAGGAGGAGGAGGAGGUGUAACAGCAACCCAGUCGGUGAAUACCACAAACUCAAGUUCGAGUGAACAUUCUCUCUCAGCUCAGAGUACAAUUGAUAGCAUGGUUAAAACUGAAACUAGUGAAAAGAGCAGAAGUGUAACAAAAAAUGCUCGUUACAAACUGCACCCUGUUUCAAAAUCUCACCCAAAUUAUAUUACGUAUGUUAUUGCAGGUCACGGGGAUCCAAAACUAUUCAAUGACCCGCGUGUUAGGAAGCAUUUGACUGAAGUUCCUCCUCCCACUCAACUUCAGAUAUCUCCACCCACUCAGACAUCUUUGUUGGGAAACUUUCCAGAAACAUUACCUAAUAAUGCUGUUAACUACAUGUCUAGAGAAUUAAUGUUACAGUCUGAGGGUCAGCACAGUUUGCCUCCUCUUCCUAUCCUUGUAAACAAUACGCUUCCGACUGCAGCUGAACUUUUUGGAUCAACUGAAAAUAAACCUGUAUCAGUGAAGCCUGUGGAUCCACGGCUGAUAAAAGGUGUAACAGCGGUAUCCAGUGAUCCUCGACUACUGCGUCAGAAUACUUCUAGUGGAUCAACACCUCCACACAUUCAGGAUCAAAGUUGGCCAGUUACAAGUUUACCUAACCCUUCUGUUAGUCACUUGCCUCGUUCUAUAACAGACCCAAGACUUGCUAGCCUUCAUCAAGUAGGAAGAGCAGGACUGCCUCUCAAGCAGAUAGGAUUAAGUGUAAACCCUGUUUCAAUAAGCCAUCAGUUAGGACAAAAAUUGGGUUUAUCACAAAUUCUACAAAAUGUUGUGUCAGUCGGAAGUGGGGGUGGUGUUCCAAACAUCUCAAAUCUGUGUUCUAAACCAUCUGUAGGUUCUGCAACAGAUCCAAGACUCAAAGCUUCUGAGACAACAGAUGUACAUACUAACACAUCAACUCAUGAUGCUCCCCAAAAGUCUGAAACUUCCUUUGGAGAUAAUGAAAAACAGAAGGUAUCUCAAUUUAACAGAAAAUCAAGUAGGGACUAUGUUUCUCCACUAAAUUUGUACAAUGAUCAAAGUGAUGGCAGCUCUACAUACAACAGUUACAAUCGUAGACCUAAGCUUAGACAAUCAGCUAAGACUUUGACAACAUCUUGUGAAGCAGUAACCCUUACAUCCUCAGUGUCAACAGUUACUGAUCCCAGAACACAGGCAUUGCAAGAAACGUCUUUAAAAGGAACUGGGAGUCCUAGCCAUUCACCAGUAACGUUUGUUCCUGAUGAUAACCAGUCACCAAAAGACAAUGGACAACAGGCAUCAUUAAAAGAGGUAUUUAAAACCUUUGAUCCAACGGUUUCUCCUUUUUGUUAAUAAAAUACUGUGAAACUCAAGAAAGAAUUGUUUCCAGAUGUGCACUUAAUCAUAUCAGCCGUUUCUUGAAGAGAUGUCAAAAACUGACUUAAUAGUGUAUUAUACAGCAUCUAUGUUUAUGAAUCUUUCCAAGGACUAUAUCUGCUCACAAUGAACAAAUUAAAAUAGCCUUGGUUAGUAUUUCAUUGAAUGUAUCAGUUGGUCUUUGAUUUGUAAAGCAGCUGAUCAGCAUUAUUUUGUAUAUUAUUAGGAUGUAAAUAUUCUAUAGAAAUUGUUUUUGUUUUUUUUUACAUUAUAUGAUUUGUUAAAUGUCAUUCUACUAUGGCAGUGUUUUCACUGUGGCAUUUUCCCCCUUUUUUAUAUAUAUGUAGAUAAUUAAUUCAAGGAAAAAUGUUUCCUUACAUGUUCAUAGUAAUUGUAAGGCUAUUAUAGCGACAGAUUUAACUUAAUUCUAAACUGUGAACCUUGCUAUAAUUGUAUUACUGUACUUCUUCAGAAGCUUUCAGCAAAUAGUUUAUAAAAAAAAUAUACUACAAUUAUCAUUGUAGUUUAUCUCUAAGUCUAUUACAGAAACCUGCAUAAUAGAUGUGAACAAUUUCCGAGUUUUGUUCUAUUGGAACUUUUUUUUUUUAUAUGUAAAUUCUGCGGAGAGAAAUAUUAAAACAUGUUGAAA